AUGGCCAACUGGGGCCCCACUGUGCCCGACGACGGCGAGGUCCCGCGCAUCAGGGCCACCCUCUCGGUCAACGUGGACGGCUGGAGCAAGCAGGUGCCAGGCAGCUUCCUGGGCAUCUCCCACGAAUGGGUGGCCGCGGAGGAACUGGCUGACCCAGAUACGCUCCAGCUGCUCAAGGACCUCGCUGCUUACGGCACAGGUGCCUUGGUGAUGCGCAUCGGCGGCGGCAGCACCGAUCUGCAGAGAACUGUCCCAGGCCCGCGAGUCUGGGCUGCGCUGCGGAAGCUGCACCAAGAAACGGGGGCUGUCUUUAUCCUGGGUAUCAACUUUUUGGCGGAGGACUUCCAACUCACGCAGCGCCAAAUGCAGGCCAUUCGCCGCGAGCUGCCCAACGACGCAGUGCUGGCCAUUGAAUUGGGCAACGAGCCCAACUUCUACCCGAAGAAGCGCAACAAGGACACGGCGGACUACCUGGCCUGCUGCUACGUCAACGACUGGAACGGCUGGGCGGUGCCGCUGUCCUGCCCCGCGGGGUCCGCCAGCUGCUGGACGCAGCAGUUUGCGGGGCCGGCGUGGGGCCACGUUCACAUGAGCCCCGAGACGCUGGACUGGUUCCUCAGGGUGAACAUCCGGUGGGUCAGCAUGGCCACGGUGCACUGGUACAAGGACCGCGCAGAGACCUUCAACACGGCCAAGUCUCUGCUGGACGAGGCCAAGAUGCGGCGCGACGCGACGUCGCUCGCCAAGCUGGUGGAGACGGCCGGCAAGUACCAGAAGGCCCUGCGUGUGGCCGAGAUGAACACCAUCUCAAACAACGGGCUGCGCGGCGUCAGCGACACCAUGAGCGGCGCGCUGUGGGCGCUGGACGCGGCCUUCGAGGUCGCCGCCACCGGCGCCACCGGCGUCAACUUCCACUGGGGCUCCGGCCAGAACGUAUACUCCGCGGUGAUCCUGCGCACCCAGGACGGCAAGCCGCCGAUCAUGGCCCUCUCCACUGGCAGCCGAUUGCUGCUGGACAGUCCACUCAUCUAUACUGCCGGCCAGCGUGGCUCCGUCAAGGCCUGGCCCCUCGUGCGCACAUCGGACGGGUCGCUGCGCACCGUAAUCAUCAACAAGCACGCCACGGACAGCGCGCGGCUGGCGGUCAGCAUCAACCGCGGCAGCCUCGGGGGCGGGAAGCUGCUGCGGCUGAGGGCGCCCGGCGGGCUGUUCGCGUCGGGCGGGGUGCAGAUCGCGCGGGUGUCGUACGGCUGGGAGAGCACCGAGACUGUCGGGACCCCGGCGGGCGAGCGGCUGCGCGGCAAGAUAGACGCAGCCGGCAACACAGUCUUUGACGUCCGCAUGCCGCCCGGCAGCGCGGCCCUGCUUAUCGUGGCUCCGAAGAAUAACGCUUGA